UCGAGACGCGUGAUGCGUGUUUGAUACGUCACAUGGUGGCCCACGCGUGCGUGCCGGAAGCUGAGUGACUCCCAAGAGUCUGGCUGGUGCUUUGAUUUCUAAACAGACAGAGACGGCAAGAGGAUGUACUGAAACUGAGACGCGGAUAGACUGUCGGCUGGCAAUGUAUAGGUUUGUUAUACAAUAAUAACAACAAUACAAAUAUCGCCUAUCAAUGGUUAUAUGUAUGAUUUCAUUAUGAAUAUCGACGUUGUGAGCGGGGUCGAGUUUUGGUAUAUAACGUCGAGCGCGUUGCCGUUGCUUCUGCGUUUUUGUUGACAGCUGACUGGCCUCCGUCUGACGUGUCAUGCUUCUUUCUGGGCAGCAACUUAUUUUUUAUUCAUAAAUUGAAAGGACACACUUCUCUACAUGUUAUAUUAUAAACAAUAAAACGGAUAUGAGACCGUGUGUUUGAAAAGAUUGCUGGCACGCGGCCUUCAUGUAUUUGCUGGAACUUUAUGAAGUGAAUUCUGCUGACUGAAUAUUAUUGCAGCUUCCAGUACCACUACGGUGGCCCUUCUCACCCCCAGUGGUUGAAAUUUUAAUUACUUUGCGAAAGAGGGCAUUGUGCAAGUAAUAACUGAAAGGAUACCGAAGUAGCAGUGACUGGAAUAUAACUAAUGCAGGCCGAUGGCAUUGAACAUGAGGUGUUCUGUAGCUGGGGUUUAUUUACCAUGGACACAGAGAUGAUACCAAAAUUCUCCUCUACGGACGAGGAAAUUAAUUACUGGAAAUCCCUUUCAUUGAAGUAUAAGCAAAGUUACCAAGAAGCUCACGAGGAACUGCUGGAAUUCCAGGAAGGAAGCAGGGAGUUGGAAGCGGAACUGGAAGCUCAGCUGGGGCACGCGGAGCAUAGGAUCAGAGACUUGCAGCUGGACAACCAAAGACUGAAAAACGAGGUUGAAACAUUAAAGGAAAAACUUGAACAACAAUAUGCACAGAGCUACAAGCAGGUAUCUGUGCUCGAAGAUCAGUUAGGUCAAACAAGAGCCAUCAUAGAUCAACUACAUAAAUAUGUAAGGAAGCUGGAGCAGGCAAAUGAUGACUUGGAAAGAGCAAAGAGGGCAACAAUUGUGUCAUUGGAAGAUUUUGAGCAGAGGCUGAAUCAGGCCAUUGAAAGAAAUGCGUUUUUGGAAAGCGAGCUUGAUGAAAAAGAGUCUCUGCUGGUAUCUGCACAGAGAUUAAAGGAUGAAGCCAGAGAUCUCAGGCAAGAGUUAGCAGUGCGAGAGAGACAGACGGACAUAACAAGAAUGUCUGCCCCCAGCUCUCCAACUCUGGACAUUGAUACGAUGGAUUCAUCUGUCCAAGCAUCCCUCUCCUUGCCAGCUACUCCUGUAGGGAAGAGUGCAGACAAUGGGUUCACCACAACAAAAGUAAUACCAAACGGUUGUGGCAGUUCUCCAUUAACCCCAUCUGCAAGGAUAUCAGCUCUUAACAUAGUUGGGGAUCUCCUGAGGAAAGUAGGGGCAUUAGAGUCAAAGCUGUCAGCUUGCAGAAAUUUUGCCAAGGACCAGGCAUCCAGGAAACCGUAUGCAGGGAGCAGCCACCUGAUGAACAGCAACAGUACAAAGUUUUCACAUUCAUUGCACACAACAUACUUCGAUAAAGCGCAGGAAAAGGUCAUAUUCUCUGCAUUUAUACGGGCAGGGCAGUAAACGGGCUUGACCAAGGACCCCUAUCAGGAAUGGGUUCCCCAAGAUCCCUAUCAGGAAUGGGUUCACCAAGGUCAUCCCCCCCGCCUGGCAUGCUCCAGCUCAGUGUCUGAGCUGGAGCCAUUACCCAAACACGUCCCGCUUUACUAACUGAAGGAGGAGGAACAAUGUGUUAUUUAUUGAACUGCAAAAAAAAAAAUUAAAGACUUGAAAAGUACAGUUCACCUGUUAACUUGUUCUGUUCAUAUCUGCUCACAGAUUUUUUUUUUGGAAUCAAUUCCUUUUCAGCUGUAGCAUGGUUUACUUUUCACGAGAUCUUAUCUGGACAAGUGUGCAACAUCCUUUCCUGGUUUCAUUAUUAAGCAUAGUAUAGCAUAGUGCAAUAUUUUGAUGACACUUGAUUGACAAUCCUUUUGUUAAACGUGGGUUUUGUUUUUAUAAAUAUAUAAAUAGUAUAUUCAGACGAGAUCUGAUGUAAAGAUAAGGGAUUUAAUUUAAGCACUUGUUUUUAAAAUACAGUAUUUAUGUUAAUUAUUUUUCAAUUUUUUUAAACUGGUAACCACGCUAUACAUUUUGGGUUAUAAACAGUAUAUUUGGACAAGUUGUUUUCUUGUUUUUUCAGAACAGCUGCUUUUUGAUAGCUGUAGGGGACUUGCAUCAAAACUGUGCUGCUGUUGCGGUUUUUGUUUUUGAAUGAAAGAUUGGGAUGCCUGAAAAAAACGGUACACAGGUUUGAUCCAAUUCCUGAAAUGGUUAGUGAUUCACUUGCUUGAAAAUUGAUGCUAUAUGGACUUCCCACUUACCAGUACAUUUGUUUUGCACCUACCUAGCACCCAUCCAAGGCUUUUGAAUUUUUUUCCUCUAAAGAUGGUAAAAUACACCACCUUUUGAAAGGUGCACCAUGGAUCUAGACACCUCACCACCAACCUCGGGGUGAAGGGUUAAACAGUAUUGGAAAGUCCUGUAUGUAAUAUAGUUUGUUUUUUUCUUUCUCUCAACAGUGUUAUAUAUAUAUAAACACACAUACACAUGUAUUGAGACAAAUUUCCCACUUGUAGAUUGUGUCUGAAAUUUUGUAUUUAUGAUAUUUUUUGUUUCAAUGUGCCUCUACUUGGUGGAUUUGAAACCCAUCAAACUCCUUGUUUGUUUGUUUGUUUGUUUUCUGUUAUAUCACAGAUUGUUUGGCUUUCUACGUUUGAAACGAAAGUUUUCAUUUUAAUAUUGGUAAAUUGGUUAUUAAAACAUGAUUCGGAACAUUAGCAUAACAUUACAGUAUCUGUUUCUUUAAAAAGACAAAAUAAAUAUUUUUGUGCAUAUGUAUUUAUUUGUCAAAUACUCACUUGCUGCAUUGCUCAUUUACACUUGUUUUAUUGUAUAUAGGUUUGUAAACAUAGUAACUUUGCCAAAGUCGUUUGUAUAUAACUUGGACUUGGUAACUUUUAUUUAUUCAGUUUCUUCAUGGCAUGUAUUGAAAUGAGAAAGUGUAUCAUAAUACCGUUGUAACAGGUCACAUAUCAUGAUGUAGAACGGCUGUCUAAAUCUAAAAAUAAAGAUCUUUAAAAAAAAUA